GCGGUGGGCGGGGCGUGGCGCCAACGCACGCGCGCUAGUGGGCGGCGGCCGCGGCUCCCCGGGCAUAACAUCCGGCGCGUCACGAGGGGGAAGCGAGGACUUUGGCCCCGGGGCAGCCAUGGCUCGGAGGCGCGGGCACAAGUCCGCGGCCCGCGGGGAGAAGCCUGCGGGGCAGAGCGAGGCCGCGCCGGGCCCGGCGGGCGGACGUCGCGGGCGGGCGGCGGCGCCCGGAAGUGGAGAUGCCUCCGAAGACCAGAAGCUCCCGGACAGGAGCCUCCUCCCCGGGCCUCCGCGGGGAGGCAGGAAGAGAGGCCGCGGCCUCGCGGGGGCCUCCGCGGACGGCCCCGCCAGAAAGAGAGUUGCCAGGGCGAAGGCUGAAUCCAGGAGCCUCGAGGCCGACAUGAAGGAGGAGGCCGAGGAGGAGGAGGAGGCCGUCGGGGAUGGCGCGGAGGCCAGGGAGUCUCCGGGGGAGCCCGGGGGGACGCGGCCCCCAGAGCGAGGCCCCGCCGCCGCCGCGGACGACGAGGCCAGCGGCCCCGGGGAGGACGAGGAAGACAGCGAGGACGACUGGGAGGAGGUCGAAGAGCUGGGGGAGCCGGCGCCGGGAGACGGGGCGCGACCCGCCAGCCCCCCGCGGGCCCUGGAGAUCGAGGUCGAGACGCCCCAGCAGGCCAAGGCCCGGGAGAGGAGGGAGAAGACGCGGCGGGAGCUGGAGGGCCACCUGCGCAGGGCCGUGCAGCGGAUCCAGAGGGACGUCCGCGAGGACACGCACAAGGUGCACCUGCUCUGCCUGCUGGCCAACGGCCUCCACCGCAGCCGGGUGUGCAGCCAGCCUCACCUGCUGGCCCUCGGCCUCUCCCUGGUGCCCGAGCGCUUCGCCUGCGUGCCGGCCGCGGACGCGGACGCCGCCUUCCUGUCCCGCCUCACCCAGUGGUUCCUGGCCGCCUUCCCGCUGAACGGCGAGCUGCCCGCCCGCCCCGGGGACGGGCUGGAGGCCACGCUGGAGGGGCGCUUCGCCGUCCGCGCGGCCCGGGACCACGAGGAGCGCGUGCACAUGUUCCUGCUGGUCCUGCGCGCCCUGCAGCUGGCCGCCCGGCUGGUGCUGUCCCUGCAGCCCGUCCCGCUCAAGCCGCCCGCCCAGGGCAAGAAAACCUCCAAGGCGAGGCCCACGCAGGAGGCCGGAGGCCCAGGAAACCGCCCCUCGGGCCCCGGAGGGAAGCGCAAGAGCAAGAGCAAGAAGACAGGCGGCCUUGAGCCUCCAGCCUCCAGCCAGGGGGUAGAGGCCGGCCGAGGAGGCCGGGGAGGCCGGAGGCUGCGGCGGGCGGCGGCCUCCACGGCCUCCUACCGGGAGCAGAGCGGCAGUGAGGACGAGGAGGACAAGGCCGGCAGCGGCUCCGACGGGGAGCCGCAGUUCCGGGAGAAGGAGCAGGCGCAGCCGCUGCCCACGGCGGUCGGGCUGUACAAGAACCACCCGCUGUUCGCGCUGAGGCGGCACCUGCGCAAGUUCGAGGCCAUCUACCCCGACUCGGCCGCCGUGCUGGGCCACUGCCGCGGGGAGCCCGUCUACUCCAGGGACUGCGUGCACACGCUGCACUCCAGGGACACCUGGCUGAAGAAGGGCCGCGUCGUGCGCCUGGGGGAGGUGCCCUACAAGAUGGUGCGGGGCCACUCGAACCGGGCGCGCCGGGCGCGGCAGGCGCAGCCGGAGCUGCAGGACCGCGGCGACCUGGGGCUGUUCGGGCGGUGGCAGACGGAGCCCUACCAGCCGCCCGUGGCCGUGGGCGGGAAGGUGCCGCGGAACGAGUUCGGGAACGUGUACCUGUUCCAGCCGGGCAUGCUGCCCGUGGGCUGCGUGCACCUGCACCUGCCCGGCCUGCAGCGCGUGGCGCGCCGGCUCGGCGUGGACUGCGCCGCGGCCGUCACCGGCUUCGACUUCCACGGCGGCUACUCGCACCCCGUCACCGACGGCCACGUGGUCUGCGAGGAGUUCCGGGACCUGCUGCUGAGCGCCUGGGAGAGUGAGCAGGCGAGCGCCGAGCAGCGCGAGCGGGAGCGGCGGGCCCGGCGCGCGCUCGCGCACUGGAAGCUGCUGGUGCGCGGCCUGCUCAUCCGCGAGCGGCUGAGGCUGCGCUACGGCCCCCAGAGCGAGGCGGCGCCGGCCGCGGGCGCCGGGCUGUCCUCCGACGAGGAGGAGGCGACCAGCUCGCAGGCGGAGGCAGCCCGCGCCCUGGCAGCCUCCUGGCCUCGCAACCGGGAGGCCGAAGAGAAGCAGGAGCGGAGGCCCGUCAGGAAGACUCGCAGGGAGACGCGGGCGGAGGCCUCGCAGCUGUUCCCCUUCGAGAAGCUGUGACCCGGCGGCACCUGGGCGGCGUCCUCUCUGCGGGGAGACAGCGGGGGCGGGUGGAGUCUGAGGGCGGAGGCCGAGGCGAGGGCCGGCCCCAGCCAGAUUCGCCAGGGCGCGGGACUUUCACCGCGCGCUGCUGCCGGAGUGCAGAAGGCUUUCCCACGGGCUUUCCCACGGCCAGGAGUUCCGGUGCCUUUUCAGGAUUUCUGCUGCAUUUAGGGAUUCCUGUGCAUUUAGGAUUUCUGGUGCAUUUUCGGGAUUUCUGCUGCAUUUAGGGAUUCCUGUGCAUUUAGGAUUUCUGCUAUAUUUUCAGGAUUUCUGCUGCAUUUAGGAAUUGCGGUGCAUUUAGAGAUUCCGGUGCAUUUAGGAUUUCUGCUGCAUUUGGGAAUUCUGGUCAGGCUUCCUCCGUCGCACGCUGUUCUCCCGCCCCCGCCCCCCCCCCAUCCCGCAGGCCGUCACCCCUCGGCCUCGCUCGCGCCCUCCCUCCUUCCCUCGCGGGCGACAGAAAUCGGGGAAGCUGGAACCGGGAGGGAGGGGGGGACGGGGACGGCCACUGCGGGAGCGUUAGUGCAGGCGGAAGCGGGUCAGACCGGGUCUCACUGUACCUGGAGGAGGCUGCGCGUGUCACGGGUGGUCAAGAGAAGUAACUUUUAUAACGUUUUUGGAAAAAAUAAAAGCAUUUAUCUGAAAAGA